UGAUUACUUUUGCAAUUAUGUAUAAUUUCAGAAAGAUGGUGAACAUUCCGAAGGCCCGUAACACCUACUGUGCUAAGUGCAACAAGCACCAGAAGAUGAAGGUGACCCAGUACAAGAAGUCUGCUGAGAGCAAGCAGGCUCAAGGUAGAAGGAGGUACGAUCGUAAGCAGCAGGGUUUCGGAGGUCAAUCCAAGCCCAUCCUCAGGCGUAAGGCCAAGACCACCAAGAAGUUGGUUUUGAGGAUUGAGUGCUCUCAGUGCAAGUGGAAGCAUCAGAUCCCCAUCAAGAGGACCAAGCAUUUCGAGUUGGGAGGAGAGAAAAAGAGAAAGGGACAGAUGAUCCAGUUCUAAACCCUCUCUAUCUACUCCUGUCUUGUCCCCCUGGUGUAUUCGAGAUGCAGGGAGAAGUUGACCAGUCUCUAGCUUAUUUUACACCUGGGGUCACCCUGGUGUAUUUUUUAUUCUGUUGGAGAGGAAUGUUUCACUUCCCGGUUUUGAUUAACCAUAUUUCAGA